AUGGAACAAGUGUUGCAACCAAUUGUCGAGGCUAUAAAAAGCGGAAAGAAAGUGACGUUCUUUCAGGGUGCGGGAAUCUCCACCAAUGCUGGGAUUCCCGACUUUCGAAGUCCAAAGACUGGUCUUUAUGCGAAUCUCGCCAAACUCAACUUACCAUAUGCCGAAGCAGUUUUUGACAUUGAUUACUUUCGGGAAAAUCCUAAGGCAUUUUACACAUUGGCAAGUGAGCUAUUUCCGGGCAAGUUCAUGCCCACAAAGUACCAUUACAUGUUAAAAUUGUUUCAGGAUAAAAAAGUGCUAAAAAGGGUAUACACUCAGAACAUUGACACUCUCGAAAGACUCGCUGGAGUCGACGAUGAAUUUAUAGUCGAAGCCCAUGGCUCUUUUGCCAAUUGUCAUUGCAUUGACUGUCAUAAUGAAAUGUCCACUGAAGAACUUAAAAGACAUAUAAACGACAAAAAAGAUAGCAUUCCAAUCUGUGCCAAAUGCAAAGGUUAUGUCAAGCCUGAUAUUGUAUUUUUUGGAGAAGCUUUGCCCGAAAAAUUGUUUGAAAAGUGGGACGAAGAUGAAGACGAGAUUGAGUUGGCCAUUGUGGCAGGAACUUCUUUGACAGUACAUCCAUUUGCAGGGUUACCUGAACAAUUGCAUCGGAAAACUCAUCGACUUUUGAUCAAUAAGGAGCCAGUAGGUAGCUUCAAGCAUAAUAAAAGCACGAAGGAUAUUGUGUUGUUAGAAGAUUGCGAUAAAGUGCUGCUGCUCUUGUGUGAGCUACUUGGAUGGGAGAAGGAACUUGAAUCCUUAAUUGAAAAAGAUAGGCUCAAGUACCAUAAACCAGAGCUCACUGCUGAGGAGGAGAGUAAGAAGAUUGCAAAAGAUAUUGAGGAGGAAAACCACAGUUCAGAAGAAGGAAGUGAGAAGAAAACUGAAGUUGAAGACAAGACGAAAGUUAAAGACAAGCAAAAAGAUAAAAACAAGGAAGAUACUGAGCUUGAAGCGCAUCUUGAUAAACUCAAAAUAUAG